CCAUCGUUUGCUUUACUUUUAUUUUCAUGCAACAAGAACGAUGAAGCUGAUCAUUUUUUCUUUGUCUAUACUGACGAUAUUGCUGGUCAGUGUAAGCUCAGAUCUAGCUUCCGACAGGGCAGCCUUGGUGGCGCUCCGAUCAGCCGUCGGUGGACGCUCACUUUUAUGGAAUCUUUCAAGCAGCCCGUGCAGUUGGACUGGUGUAAAUUGUUCUCAAAACAGAGUAGUGGAGUUAAGACUCCCUGGAAUGGGAUUGUCAGGUCAGCUUCCCAUCGCCAUUGGUAACUUAACUCAGCUCCAAACUCUUUCUCUUCGUUUCAACGCUCUCUCUGGCCCAAUUCCAUCUGAUUUUGCCAACCUUUCAUCUCUUCGAAACCUCUACUUACAAGGGAAUGCAUUUUCCUGCGAGAUUCCAGAGUUCUUGUUCACUUUGCAAAACCUGAUCAGGCUAAAUCUCGCAAACAAUAAUUUCACUGGUUCCAUCUCGGGAAGUGUUAACAAUUUAACUCGGUUGGGUACAUUGUAUUUGGAGAACAAUAAAUUAUCUGGGUCGAUACCAGAUAUUGGUUUGGCUUCACUUGUGCAAUUCAAUGUUUCUUUUAACCAGUUAAAUGGGUCGAUCCCAAAAGCGUUAUCGGGGAAACCACGAAGUGCUUUUCAAGGGAAUUCUUUAUGUGGAAAGCCUUUGGUUUCUUGUGAUGGAAGCAAGGAUAGUGACAGUAAAUUGUCAGGUGGAGCAAUUGCAGGUAUUGUCAUUGGGUGUGUGCUAGUUGCUUCAUUGAUUUUGAUUCUUUUGAUAUGUUUAUGUGCAAGGAGAAGUGGUAAGAAAACAGAGGCAAGAGAUAUUGCCCCUGCAAAACAGGCUGAGAUUGAAAUUUCAGGAGAUAAUACAAGUAAUGGCUUAUCUGGGGGACCCAAAAACGAUGCCAAGAGUAAUGAAAAUAAGAAUAUGGUGAUUUUCAGGAAGGCGUCGAGGGUUUUCGAUCUCGACCAUCUACUGAAGGCAUCUGCUGAGGUCUUGGGGAAGGGAACAUUUGGGACGGCGUAUAAGGCCUCCUUAGAUAAGAGGGUGGCAGUUGUGGUGAAGAGGUUGAAGGAUGUGACGGUGUCGGAGAAGGAAUUCAGGGCGAAAAUGGAGGUUGUGGGAGCCAUGGAUCACCAGAACUUGGUACCAGUAAGGGCAUACUACUUUAGUAGGGAUGAGAAGCUUCUUGUCUAUGAUUACAUGCCAAUGGGAAGCUUGUCUGCACUUUUGCAUGGUAACAGAGGAGCUGGUAGGACUCCAUUGAAUUGGGACACAAGGUCCAACAUCGCCCUCGGAGCUGCCCGAGGCAUUGCAUACCUCCAUUCCAAGGCCCCCGGAUUCUCCCAUGGAAACAUCAAAUCCUCCAACAUCCUUCUCACUACAUCCUAUGAAGCUCAUGUGUCAGAUUUCGGUCUUGCUCAGCUUGCUAGACCUGGUCCAACAUCGACUCCCAACAGGGUUGAUGGCUACCGUGCACCAGAAGUAACAGAUGCUCGUAAAAUUUCCCAAAAAGCCGAUGUCUACAGCUUUGGUGUACUGCUUUUAGAAUUGCUUACAGGGAAGGCACCCACACAUGCCUUAACGAACGACGAAGGAGUAGACCUUCCGAGAUGGGUCCAAUCAGUAGUUCGAGAGGAGUGGACUGCCGAGGUGUUCGAUCUCGAACUCCUGAGAUACCAGAAUGUUGAGGAGUAUAUGGUCCAGCUCUUACAGAUUGCCAUUAACUGCACUGCUCAAUAUCCCGAUAAACGUCCGGCAAUGGAAGAGGUGACGAGCCAAAUCGAGGAGCUUUGCCGCUCAAGCAAUCAGAAGAACAUAGACAAAUGAAAUCAAUGAUGCCGAUGAUGGGUCUUCCCAGCAGGUUUACUCGGUCGUUUCAUUAGCUGGU